GUGUCUGAUUGUAGAAAUUGCUUAAAUCCUACAUUAAUUUAGCAAAGCCAAAAGCGCCUACGAUAUUAAAGAUUCAAAUAGUCUUAUCUUUUUUUGUUUGUCUUUUAUGAUGAGUGACUCGGAAUGGAUGGAACUGGAAUCAAACCCAGAUGUGAUGAACAAUCUAUUGAUAUCUCUAGGGGUGCCAGCUAAAUGGAAAAUAUUUGAUAUCCUAUCACUCGAUGAUGAGUAUCUAGAUACGAUUUCUCAACCAGUUCUGGGUGUUAUAUUUAUUUUCCCAUUUACAGCGAUCUAUAAAAAAUAUUGUUCUAAUCUAAUGCGACAGUUGGAAAAGUCGCUACAGAAUGUAGAUCCAAAAGUUUUCUUCAUGCUCCAAACAAUCAGAAAUGCCUGUGGCACCAUAGCCGUCAUCCACGCUAUUGCUAAUAACAUGGAACACAUGAAUUUAAAUCCUGCAUCCAUAGCCUUCAAGUUCAUUAAAAAAUGCAUAGCUCUAGAUCCUACAGAAAAAGCACGAGUGUUUGAAAAAGACGCUGGCAUUAAAGAAGCCCAUCAAUCAGCGAAUUUUUAUUUCACUCCAACAAGUCAGGGGGGUUCAUCCUCUGCAGAGAAGGAGGAUUCCCCUCAAGCUCCCGUAAAGACUUCGGAUAACCAUUAUUUAACACUGGUUAAUGUUAAUUCGAAACUCUAUGAGCUAGAUGGGUACAAGGACAUGCCAGUAUACCACGGGGAUUCUACCAAAGAGACGUUUUUGAAAGAUGCUGCCCGGAUUUGUCGAGAAUACAUAGAAAGGCAGCCGGAUAGCUACAAUUUUGCUGUUUUAGCUUUUGGAGAAUCGGAAACGUUGGAUGAACAUCGCAGUCAGCAGUAAAAUUUUGUGUCCUUACAGUUAUCUUUAUCAUUUACUUAUGUCAUCAUUGUUCUAUGACUUUGUAUAUAUGCUAUUAUUGCAAUAAAUUCAGCAUUAUAUUGCCUAA